UGGAAAAGCAGUUCUCUCCGGAUGAGGCUCUCAGUCUUGCGGUUCAAGCCUAGAUACCGGGACUGUGCGAGAAUGCUGCGCACAGAGUCCCGGGGACACACCAGAGAUCGCCGAUAUGACGACCAUAUUACCCCAAUCAUCUGUAGAGCAGUAAUCUUUGGCAAGGCUCUACUAAGUGCAAUACAGGCAUAUGUGCAUCAUUGU